GCAAUGAAAUCUUUCAUUUGGCUUCAAUGUUCUGAUGGAUCACACCAACAAGUAGAAGAGGAGGUUGCAAUGUUCUGCCCCAUGAUAUGUCAAGAGAUACUUCAGACUGGUAUGGGUUCUUCGAAAAAUUUUGCCAUCGCUCUCCCACAACGAGUCACUCCUGCCAUCCUCUGUUUAAUUCUCGAUUAUUGUCGGUUUCAUCAAGUUCCCGGUCGUUCUAACAAGGAGCGCAAGUAUUUUGAUGAGAGGUUCGCUAAAUUAGAUACUAAACGACUUUGUGAGCUUACUUCUGCAGCAGACUGUCUUCAACUAAAACCUUUAGUUGAUCUAACUAGUAGGGCACUUGCUCGCAUGAUUGAAGGAAAAACACCGGAAGAAAUUCGUGAGACCUUUCAUUUGCCUAAUGAUCUGACAGAGGAGGAGAAGUUGGAGCCAUUGAAAAACAUGACUGACGAUCCACGGAUCCGGCUGCUUAAUCGGCUUUAUGCUAGAAAGAGAAAGGAAUUAAAGGAGCGGCAGAAAGUGAAGAAUCUUGAAGUAGAAGAGAAGAAAGAUGAUCGCUCUGUUGAUGAGCUUUUAUCUUUUAUUAAUGGUGAUGCGGACUCAAAAGAUGGUAGAGCUUCGAGAAAGAAGAAGAAUAAGAGGAGAAAUGAUCUGAUGAAAGAUUCGUCUGAUAAUGAACAAGAAAAAGAAUCCAAGGAGGAGGCUACCAAAGCUGGAAGUUCAUCUCCAAGUCAAAUAUCCAGACUGCAAGACCAAGUUGAAGAUGCUUUUGAUUCAAGGGCCAUGAUUGAUGACGGUGAUGAUGGAUUGGAUCCUCUGAUGAAGGAAGAGCUGGAUAGGGAGGUUGAGGAUUUUGCAAGGAGAUUGAACUGUGAUUGGCCUGAAAGAAUGCAAGAAAUUUUAUCUCUGAGUCGAGAAAGAAGGCUUGUUUCAAAUUUAACUACUGGAAAUAGUUCUAACCAGAGAUGCAGCAAUCGCCAAUCCAACCUCCGAUGACGUUUCUGCACCUUUCUAACUGUGGUUUGACACCGUUACUAUCGCCUACCUACUGUCCUACUUCUUCCACAUCAGCCCCACCUCUCCAGCUUCAGCGCAGCCGCCAAUUCAGUCGACGACAACGCUCCUGCACCUCUCCAGUUGCGGUUCGAUGUUGUUACUAUCGCCAAUUUGAUGUCCCACUUCUUCAACAGCAGCCCCUACAACCAUCAAUCCAGCCAUUCCUCGCUGGACUCCCUCCUCAUCAAGCGGUUGUGUCUUCUUUGCUAAGUCAUUAGUUGUAAUCAUUCGUAUUGUGGUUUUGCUUUGUGUGUUCUCUUUUGUUAUUUCGAAUCUUCAUUGUAACUUUGUUUUAAGUCAGUAAUAAAUUCAUGUCUUGCGCUAUGGUUUGGGUUAAUUCCG